GAGUGGGAAACAGCCUCUCCAGUCAGUGGGACUUCUGGGGCAGCACGCUGGUGACGAGCUCGUACGUUCGCCUGACUUCAGACGAGAAGAGCAAGCAGGGCUCCAUCUGGAACACUGUGCCGUGCCAUCUGAAGGACUGGGAGAUGCACGUCCAGUUUAAGAUCCACGGCUCGGGGAAGAAGAGUCUGCACGGAGACGGCAUCGCCCUGUGGUACACCAAAGACAAACUGCACCCAGGUACACUCAUCCUACCCACAAUGCACCUGUCUCUCCUGCAGCUCCCCCCUUCACUUUG